CGCGUGCACACUCGGCGCUCUUCGUGGGGAAAAAGAAGCCUGGAAAAGCAUCCGAUUUGCCUGUUUUUUUUUUCUGUUCCGUUGUCGCUGGCUUUCUAGCCUCUGAGUUUGCUGCUGGCUUGGCAGCCCAGCUAGUUCAGUUGGUCAGCAAGGCAGUGAGGCAGCAGUGAGUAAGUGAGUCACUGUGUGCGCUAGUUAAGUCCAAGUUCGUCCUCCAAAUGGGCGAGCGGGAGGCGAAAGUCUUUGCCCCACCACCCCCCUUCCUGCGGCGGCAGCCAAAUUAUUUAUAAGGGACAACACAACAGCAACUAGUUGGAAAACAACAAAAAAAAAAAAGAAGGAGAGGAAAGGAAAGUAAAGGAAAGAAAGGAAAAGUAAAGGAAAAUCGCGGAGGAAAAGCGAAGAGGAAAACGCACGCUGCCACAGGCGACACUUUGCUCUCGUCGGCAUACGCAAAACAAAUACAAAUUUUCGAAAUACAUUUUACGCGCGCGUGAAGAGGAACGGAAUUACGGCGAAAAGCUUUGGGCAAUCUCCGCAAGCCCCAAACACACGCCCACGCGCAGCCAGGAAAACGCUACGAACGCCACGAAAUGGUGCAAACCAGUGCAGAUGGCUCCGACUUCAAGGAGCGGCUGAUAGCCACCGUGAAGAAGGAGGUGAAGCAGCUGAUGGAGGAGGCGGUGACCAAGAAGUACGUCCACGAGGAGAGCAGCUCGGUGACGUCGCUGUGCGGCGCUGUGGAGGCCUGUUUGAGCCAGGGACUCCGUCGCCGGGCUCUUGGGCUAUUCAAGACCUCCUCGACGACGGCGCUGCUGCACAAGAUCGCCAAGAGCUGUCCGGAGGCGGAGCACAUCAGCAAAAUGGUGCAGGAGAUCGAGGCCAACGACCCGAGCAAGAGGUCCUCCAGCAGCAGCGACAGCUUCCAGCGACCGCCGAUGCUCAAGAAGAGCAGCAGCAACUCGAUGUCCACCGGCAACAAUGCGGUGGCCAGCACCUCCUCCGCCUCCGCCUCCAUCAGCGUCAGUGCCAGCACCUCCAGCAUGUCCUUGGCCAGCAUGAAAUAUUUGUGGAUUCGGUUGGCGCUCUACGAGAAGCGACUCACCAAAAUCAUCGAGUAUCUGGUUUGCAAUGCCAGCAGCUUCUACGAUCGCGACUCCCUGGUCGCCGAUCCGGAUUAUGGAUCCAUUCUCAGCUCCUUGUUGGUGGGUCCUUGUGCCCUGGAAUUUACGCGGGCCAAGACGGCGGAUCACUAUUGGACCGAUCCGCAUGCAGAUGAACUGGUGCAACGCCACCGGAUCAGCUCGUGCCGCCGAUCCUCGUCGACCUGCUCCCGGCCGGCGAUCAUCAACUUCAAGCGGAGCCUGAACACGAGCUCCGACGACGCGAGCAGCGGCUCCUUCAAGUCGAUCGCCUCGGCCAGUGUGGCCAAGGACUACGUGGAGUCGCUGCACCAGAAUGCCAAGGCCACGCUGCUCUACGGCAAGAACAAUGUGCACGUGCUGCCCAACGGGGUGGCCAAUCCGAUGCCCGGCUACCUGAGUCUGCACCAGCACAUCCAGACGCUGACGAUCAAGUGGACGCCCAACCAGCUGAUGAACGGCGGCUACGCCGAGGAGGAGGAGGAGGACAUCGACAAGGACCUCUUCUGGGCCUACGCCCUGAACAUCAACGUGGACGAGAUCGUCUACGUGCACUGUCACCAGAGUCGCCGCGAGGACAGCGGCGGCAUCGUCAUCCUCGUCGGCCACGACGGCGUCCAGCGGCCGCCCAUCCAUUUCCCGGAGGGCGGACACCUGCAGCAGUUCCUCACCUGCCUGGAAACGGGCCUCCUGCCCCACGGCCAGCUGGAUCCGCCGCUGUGGUCGCAUCGCGGCAUCGGCAAGAUGCUCCUCUGGCAGAGGAACAUGCGCCGGCGCAUCCUGCCCGCCGUCCGAGAGGCGACGGGGGCGGGGGCGGGGGCGGGGCCGCCUUCGGAGGAUCCGGGCAUCGACUUCGUCUUCCGCAUCGUCAGCAAAAGCCGCCACGAGGAGUUCGCUGCCGCCCACUCGAUCCUGGACUUUGUGCGCAGUGCUCCGCGGCGGGCGCAGCUGAGCAGCUGCUCCACCACCGGCAGCAGCGACUGCUCGAACAAGAGCCUCUCCAUCGACCAGUGUCCGCUGGAGUCGCCGCUGACCCUCCAGCAGCAGCAGCAGCAACAGCAGCUGGUCCAGUCGCAGAACACCAGCAUCGAGGCGGUCUGCUCCACGAUGCGCCGCCAGAUCAUCUCGCGGGCCUUCUACGGCUGGAAGGCCUACUGUCGACACCUCACCACGGUGCGCACCCACCUGUCCGGGCUGGUUCACGCCAGGAUUAUGCCGGACGGAGAGGCAGAAGAGAAGCGCGGUUUGACCCGGGAGCGCUGGGAGGGGCUGCACGAGGACGGGGUGAUGGAGGACGAGAUGGAGUUCUACCGCAUCAUCUACUACGGGGGCGUCCGGCCGGAGAUGCGGCAGGAGGCGUGGCCGUAUCUGCUGGGACACUAUGCCUUCGGCUCCACCGCGGAGGAGCGGAGGAAGCAGGACGAGACGUGCAAGCACUACUACGAGACGACGAUGAGCGAGUGGCUGGCGGUGGACGCCAUUGUGCAGCAGCGGGAGAAGGAGAAGACGGCGCGGGCGGUGGCCAAGCUGAGUUCGGGCAGUAAUUCCGGCAAUGAGAAGACGGUCAGGGCGGCGGAUCUGGAGGCCGGUGGCGAGCUGGAGAACGAGGUGUUCGAGGACAUCUCCGAUAUUUCCGAUCCUGGGGAUCUGGAGUUCGAUGAGCAGCAGCAGCAGCUGCAUCAGCAGGAGGCGACUGGUGGCCAUCACCUGAGUGUGAAGCCCAUUCCCAGGGCCAUGAAGACCAGCACGGAUUCGGGUCACGUGGACGAGGGUGAUAACUUUAAUGAGCUGGACGAGGAUGAGGAGGAGGAGCAGAAGCAGGAUGAGGGCAACAAGGAGCCAAGGCCGGAGGAACCACUCAAUCUGGAGCCCAGCUGCUCCUCCAACUCCACGGCCUCCUCCUACGAGACUGUGGGUCCUGGCGGCACUGGCGGGCACCAGCCGCAGACCAGCGACACGCGCAGCGUCCUCAGCCCCGAGUACCUGAGUGCCGACGAUCUGCAGCUGCCGGAGGACGAGGAUGCAGUGCGGCCGACGACAUCGCAACAGGCCAAGGCGGCCGUCAUCAUUACCAAGGCCUCCGUGGACAUAGCCAACUGGGAGCAGCGGAGUCCCCGGGCGGAGGAGGCGGACCGCAUGCCGACCGUGGAGGAGCAGGCCGCAGAAGUAGCCGGCGGAGGAGGAGGAGGAGGCGUCAAUCUGGAUGCACUGCCGCAGCCCAACUCCGCCUGCCCCUCGCCAGCCAGCUCCAAUGGAGGUGUCUACAGUAGCGAACUUCUCGAGCAGUUCGGCCUGAAUCUGCAUCGGAUCGAGAAGGAUGUGCAGCGGUGCGACAGGAACUACUGGUACUUCGCCAACGAGAACCUGGACAAGCUGCGCAACGUGAUCUCCACGUACGUGUGGGAGCACCUGGACGUGGGCUACAUGCAGGGCAUGUGCGACCUGGUGGCGCCCCUCCUGGUCAUCUUCGACGACGAGUCGCUCAGCUACAGCUGCUUCUGCAAGCUCAUGGAGCGCAUGAUCGAGAACUUCCCCAGCGGCGGGGCCAUGGACAUGCACUUUGCCAACAUGAGAUCCCUCAUCCAGAUUCUCGACUCGGAGAUGUACGAACUGAUGGACUCGAACGGCGACUACACGCACUUCUACUUCUGCUACCGGUGGUUCCUGCUCGACUUCAAGCGGGAGUUAAUCUACGAUGAUGUAUUCGCAGUUUGGGAGGUCAUUUGGGCGGCCAAGCACGUGGCCUCGAGUCAUUUUGUCCUGUUUUUGGCCCUGGCCCUACUGGAGACCUAUCGCGACAUCAUCCUCUCGAACAGCAUGGACUUUACCGAUGUCAUCAAGUUCUUCAAUGAAAUGGCCGAGCGCCACAAUACCAAGGCGUUGAUCGAGUUGGCCCGAAGUCUGGUCCUGCAGCUGCAGAUGAUCAUCGAGAAUAAGUAGGGGAACCCAUGGAGAACCCAACUAUAUAGGGGCGUUAUGCUAGAAUCUAGAUCGUAGUUCAGUCAAAUUUCGUUUGCCAAUGUCGAUGUCUUCGCUAUAAAGUAUUCGUACCCAAGAAAACCAAAGAAAUCCCACUAACUGAAGCUGUAACUGUAGUCCUAAUGGUUAAUUGUACUCUUAUGUCUACGUAAGUUCUUCCUAAACUCUCUACGCAUAUCCCCAGAAAUAGAGGAAACCAGAAAACAGGGGCAGCAAA